GAUUUUUGAGAAGCUCUCAAACUUGAGCGUAAAACGACCAAAGUUAAAAAUUUUGGGCCUGUAAAAAGAAUCCUUUCUCGAAUUAUUGCAAGCAGCGACUUGAAAUUUAUACUCAAUUUUUGGAAAAGAUUGAGCCAACAGCCGAACCCUAAACUUACAUGCCUGUUACAAAAAAUCCUAUAAAAACAGUUGAUAAAUUAGCAAAUUAAAACGCUCCAGGCACUAAUUAGCACUUCGAAUUGAAAUAUGAAAGCUCAAAAUCGUCAAAGUCAGAACAAAUAAGCAAAAUCAGCCGUCGAAAUUAUGGAUCUACUGGCUCCAAGAGGAAAAAUUAACAAGUUGCGAAUGGAAACAGAGCAAAUUGGCAGCGCUAUGAAGAUACUACUCGAGCUUAAGAAGGAAAUCAUAUCCAAAGUUGAGGAGACCAAGAAUACAAUCCGAAACUUGUGCACGCAGAAAUCCGCCCAAACAACCCGCCCGUCCAUUGUUGUUAAAGACCGGACAGUGUCCCUCCUGGACAGGGACAUCAGCCGAAUUCAGAACCUACACGAUAUCGUAGUGCAAGACUUGCAAGACUUGAGGAAAAGCCUGGAAAGCCAUGGAGCCAUAGUGGAGAAAACCGAACUGAUAAUGAGCGUUCUCAGCUAUAAGCUGUAUGAAAUCCAGUUCGCAUUUCGCAACGAAUUCGAUAAACUCAAGGCGAAAAAAGAGAGCUUAACAGCAGUGCUUCAGUCGGGGAAAGAAGAGCCCACAAUCGCCCUCAGGCUUGUUGAAACGGACGACGAAAUCGCCAAACUGGAGGACACACAACAGAAGAACUCCGAAAGCAUCAAAGCCCAAAAAUUGGAAGCCCAAAAGGCCUACGAAAAAGCCGUGCUGGUCAUGGACGAGAACUUUGAAAAAAUGUCCAACGGGUUAAGCAAACUGCUCGUGCUGAUUGAGGCGGAAAAAUCCACUCUUAGCGAGUCCCAAGCUCAACUGGUCGACGCGAAAUUCGCCGACCAAGUCAAUCAAAUCCGGGGGGAAAUCGAAAAAUUCACCGCCCUGCAAACUACUGGCUGGAAGGUUCUCUAUCCAGAGGAAAAGCUGUCAGAACUUCUACAGGAGCGAGGAUUGAAAAUUUUGCACAACGGUCAGCUAAUAACAGGCGAUGGUCAAGCGAUCACAUUCAAACAGGCCCAACAGUCGAAACUACUGGAAGACAUCAGCCCUGAGGGACUAAACGAGCUGAAAGCGAACAUGACCGCCGACACUGAUGAAUCCACAGACACCACAACAUCCAGCGUCUCAAUCGGAAGCAAAAUCUCUUCAGAGGAUGUCAGCUACCUAAAAACCUGCCUGGGAAAGCCGCUGGCUCUGGCAAUAGCCGAAAUUACGACACUGCAGCCCCGAGAUCCCAUACACUAUUUGGCGCAUUGGCUUUUCAAAUACCGCUACAACCAGCAGAUGGAGGACAUUAACAACAUCGAAAUCGACAUUUUGACGGAAAAACGAAACAAACUCGCAAAGGAGCGAUGGCACAAAUUCAUUGAAGGCGAAGCCAAAGCUGCGGUCAUAGACAUGGUGCUAAGGGCCGAAGACAUUGCGCAAAUGAAUGAGCUGAACAGAAUCCAGCGGGAAACGGAGGCGAUGGAAGAAAUGGAAAACUUUGAGGAAGAGGCUCGGGACACGCUGGGGCCUUACACUGGGCCCACAGCUGGACAAAUGGCUUUGUAAAAGCAAAUCCCAAUAAACACCGAUUAAAUCACUAUA